AUGGGAAUUCUCGGAGAAGAGGUGAGCGUCGUGAUGAGGCCGCUGCUGCACCUGCUGGUGGGGAUGGUGCUGUACGAAGCGGCGGUGCCGGCGCUCGUCGACAAGAUCACCGCCGCGCUCUGCCCCGCCGACAGCAGGUCAUGCCCGGAGGCCAUCUACUUAACCGGCCUUCAGUCCUCGGUAUCUAUCUAUGACCUAUCCAGCUUGCGGCGUUUCUUCCUCUGCACUCCGGCCGUGGCCCGUGGCCGUGUGAUGGUCGCCAGCAACCUGCACUGCAGUUGCAAGCCGUAG